AAAAAGCGUCUAGUCAGCACUAUGUUAAAUUCAACGUCGAUAUGGCUUGAUAUUGACGAUGACAAGGCUGAUCUUGGAGUUUUAGAUGAAACGUUGAGAAAAACAAAUGAACUAACAGAUAAGAUUUCGACAAUUUUUUCUACACUAAAUUAUCGCCUCGAGAAAGUUGAGCAUACAUUUAAACCGAUUUAUAAGACAACAAGGUCUUUGAUUAAGACAUCUGAAAAUAUUCAAGAAACUAUUGUGGCAAUAGAUAGAACAAGAAAAUACUUUAGCAUUAUUCCAGAAGCAGAAGAAAUUAUUAAAAGAGGACCAGAUGGAGAUUUAACAUUUUUUCUUAAUACAUUAAAAAAAGUUAAAAAUAGUCUUGUUAUUCUUCGCGUAUCAAAUUUUCGGAGUUCAGAGAAAUCAAUACUUAAAUUGACACAAAUAUGGAAAGGAGGAUGUUUGCAAUUAUAUGAAAUAUUUCAAAAAAUCUUAUUGGAUCAUUCGGUUCCUCUUGAACCAUUAUAUUAUACAACUAAAAAUUUGGAAUUUCCUGUUAUUCCGAAGGAUUCGCUUUCAAAUAUUGUGCUUUUAUCGUCAUUUUUUUAUUCUACUGGUUUCCCGGAAUCUAUAAAGGAAAUAGAGAAAAUUUAUCAUGAAAUACGAGCAGAAUAUUUGUCAGAAUCUUUAAAACUGCUAUCAAAAGGUUCUUUAAGUACGGCUCUUAAAAGAGGAAAUAAUAUGUACGAAAGAAAUAGCAAUGGAAUUAUUAUAUAUACCCAAGCAUUAUUAGGGAUGUUUAAAUCUGAAUCUUUAAUUAUUCGAGAUGUUUUUCCCAAGAAUUAUCAGAAUGUUUUAUUGAUAUUAAUUUAUCCUGCUAUUGUUACAUAUUGUGAUACAGUACAAAAACUUAAUCAGCAUAUUCAUCAAAAUAUGUCUACAGAUUUUGCACUUUCUUAUGAAAUUAUUGAAGAAAUUUCAAAAAUUAUGAGAUUUAUUGAUUCAUAUGGUAACGAAGGACCAGUAAUUAAUGAAUUAAAUAAAAGUAUGAAAAUGAUGGAAAAUACUGGAAUCUAUUCCUUGAGUGACAUAAUUGAAAGAAUCCGAAAGAGGAUUUCCUCAAUAAGUUCAAUGCCUACAGAUGGUAAUGUUUCGGAAAUUACAAUUGAGUCUAUUUCUCGUCUACUUUAUAUAAACGAUUAUGAAGAAACUGUUACCUAUCUAAUUAUGUCUAUGAAAAAUGAAGAAUGGAAUAGUUUUUUGUUUACAGAUAAUAAAAAAACAUUUAAUUCAAAUACGGAUAAAAAAAUUGUUUAUAGGAAUUUUUUCUCUGAAGUAGUUGAUAUUUUAUACUCUCAGAUAGAGCAAAAGGCGAGAAUUCUUUUAAAGAAAAAUUCCCAUUUAUCACUUUUUCUUUUGAAUAAUUUAUCUUAUAUUGAAAAAAAUAUUAAAAAUACAAAUCUUUCAAGUGCUAUAUCUUUAAAUAUUUUUGAAAAAAUAGCAAAAAUAAAAAAUAGAUAUAUAGACGAAUAUCUAGAAACAUGGAAAGGAUGUGCAGAAAAUUUGUUAGAUGUUACAUAUGUUAGAGGUGGAAUUGCAAAUUCUAUAAAAUUAACACUUGGUUCUAAAGAACGUGAUGCUAUAAAAGAGAAAUUUAAGAACUUUAAUAACGAGUUUGAUGAACUUUUGAAAUUAAAUAAAAUGGCUGUCAUUAAUGAUAUAGAGCUUAAAUCUACUCUAGUUGGAGAAGUAAAACGCAUUGUUGUUCCUCUUUAUACGCGAUUUUACGAUAAAUACUUCAAUAGCGAUUUUUCUAAACAUCAAGAGAAAUAUAUUAAAUACGAUAAGAAUACUAUUGAUAUUAAUCUUACAUAUCUUUUCAAUUAA